UUUUCGGGGAGUCAUUCCUUCCCCUCUGUUUCUUUGCUAGGGUUUAUGUAUUUGGAGAAAAUGGGUUACACCAACCUUUUUGAAGUUCAUUUCUUCCCUCUGAAAGUCUUAAAAGCCUUCGGAAGCAAAAAUGGGGCACAGUAAGCAGAUUCGAAUUUUGCUUUUAAACGACAUGGAGAAGUUAGAAAAGACCCUCUUCAGACUUGACCAAGGUUUUGAACUUCAGUUCAGGCUGGGUCCAACCUUACAAGGAAAGGAAAUAUCUGUGUACACAAAUUAUCCGUCCCCCGGAGAACCAUUCAAUCGCCAAAAAUUCCAAUUACUGGCCUGGGAGAACCCAACUGAAAAAGAAGAUGACUCUGACAAAUACUGUAAACUUAGUCUUCAACAAGCUGGAUCAUUCCAGUAUUAUUUCAACCAAGAAAAUGAGAAAAGUGGUGGAGGAUACAUAGUUGUGGAUCCAAUUUUACGAGUUGGUGCUGAUAAUCAAGUUUUGCCUUUGGAUUGUGUUACUCUGCAGACAUUUCUCGCUAAAUGUUUAGGACCCUUUGAUGAAUGGGAGGACAGACUUAGAGUUGCAAAAGAAUCAGGUUACAACAUGAUUCAUUUCACCCCAUUGCAGACACUUGGACUGUCCAGAUCCUGUUAUUCCCUAGCUGAUCAGCUGCAACUAAAUCCUGACUUUUCAAGGCCUAAUAAAAAGUAUACUUGGAAUGAUGUUGGACAGCUAGUGGAAAAAAUGAGAAAGGAAUGGAAUAUGCUUUGCAUUACAGAUGUCGUGUACAAUCAUACUGCUGCUAACAGUAAAUGGAUCCAAGAGCAUCCUGAAUGCACAUAUAAUUUAGUGAAUUCUCCUCAUCUGAAACCAGCCUGGAUUUUGGACAGAGCACUUUGGCAUUUAACCUGUGAUGUUGUGGAAGGAAGAUACAAAGAGAAAGGACUGCCUAUUUUGAUUGAAAAUGACCAACAACUGAAUAGUAUCCGUAGGAUAGUCUGGGAAGAUAUUUAUCCUAAGAUUCAACUCUGGGAAUUUUAUCAAGUGGAUGUUAAUAAAGCGGUACAGCAGUUUAGAGAGCUUCUUACCCAAGAAAAGAGGAAAACAGUAUCUAAAUCUGAUCCUAAGCAGCUCCUUAAAAUCAUUCAGGAUCCUGAGUUCAAACGUCUCGGCUGUACUGUGGAUGUGAACAUUGCAUUAGCAACUUUCAUACCACAUAGCAAUGGGCCAAAUGCAAUAGAUGAAUGCUGUAACUGGUUUCGAAAGAGAAUUGAGGAACUAAAUUCAGAAAAACUUCGCAUAGUGAACUACCAUCAGGAACAGGCUGUUAAUUGUCUUUUGGGAAAUGUGUCUUACGAACGACUUGCUGGCGAGGGUCCCAAACUAGGUCCUGUUACUAGAAAACAUCCCUUAGUAACCAGGUACUUUACUUUUCCAUAUGGACAAAUGACGUUUGUAGAAGAAGAAUCUUUGAUGCAUCAACCUGAGAAAGCUUGUUUUUUCAUGGCACAUAAUGGGUGGGUCAUUGGAGAUGAUCCAUUGAGAAAUUUUGCUGAGCCAGGGUCAGAUGUAUACCUCAGGAGAGAGCUUGUUUGCUGGGGAGACAGUGUUAAAUUACGUUAUGGAAAUAAACCAGAAGACUGCCCUUACCUCUGGGCCCACAUGAAGAAAUACACUGAAAUAACUGCCAAGUAUUUUCAGGGAGUGCGUCUUGACAACUGUCACUCGACACCGCUUCAUGUAGCUGAGUAUAUGCUGGAUGCUGCUAGGAAAUUGCAGCCCAAUUUGUAUGUAGUGGCUGAGCUGUUCACAGGAAGUGAGGAGCUGGACAAUAUCUUUGUGACUAGACUGGGCAUUAGCUCCUUAAUAAGAGAAGCUAUGAGUGCAUAUAAUAGCCAUGAAGAAGGCAGAUUAGUCUACCGUUUUGGAGGAGAGCCUGUGGGGUCUUUCGUUCAGCCCUGUCUGAGGCCCUUGAUGCCAGCUAUUGCACAUGCUCUGUUUAUGGAUAUCACUCAUGAUAACGAAUGUCCUAUUGUGCAUCGGUCAGCAUAUGAUGCUCUUCCAAGCUCCACCAUAGUUGCCAUGGCUUGCUGUGCUAGUGGGAGUACUAGGGGCUAUGACGAAUUAGUACCUCAUCAGAUUUCUGUGGUUUCGGAAGAACGGUUUUAUACCAAGUGGAACCCAGCAGCUACCCCAUCAAACCCGUCUGAGGUUAAUCUCCAGACUGGAAUUAUAGCAGGAAGGCGGGCCAUAAAUAAACUGCACCAAGAACUUGGAGCUAAAGGUUUUAUUCAGGUUUAUGUGGAUCAGGUGGAUGAAGACAUAGUAGCAGUGACGAGGCAUUGUCCAAGCUCUCACCAGUCCGUAGUGGCCGUAUCUCGCACUGCUUUUAGAAACCCCAAGACUUCUGCUUACAGCAAAGAAGUGCCGCAGAUGUGCAUCCCAGGUAAAAUUGAAGAAGUGGUUCUUGAGGCCAGAACUGUUGAGAGAAAUGUUGGUUCCUAUGUAAAGGACGCAAAAUCCAUCAAUGGAAUGCCUGACAUCACAGUGGAAAUUAGAGAACACAUCCAGCUUAAUGAAAGUAAAAUUGUAAAACAAGCUGGAGUUGCCACAAAAGGUCCUCAUGAAUAUGUCCAAGAAAUAGAAUUUGAAAAUUUGACCCCAGGAAGUGUAAUUAUAUUUCGAGUAAGUCUUGAUCCACAUGCACAAGUGGCUGUUGGAAUACUUCGGAAUCACUUGUCACAGUUCAGUCCGAAUUUUAAAACAGGAAGCCUUCCUGUUGACAAUUCAGAUCCUAUAUUAAAAAUUCCUUUUGCUUCUAUUUCGUCUAAAUUAACUUUAGCUGACCUAAAUCAGUUACUCUACCGAUGUGAGUCAGAAGAACAAGAAGAUGGUGGAGGAUGUUAUGAUGUACCAAACUGGUCACCCCUCAAAUAUGGUGGCCUUCAAGGAUUAAUGUCAGUAAUGGCUGAAAUUAGGCCAAAGAAUGACUUGGGACAUCCUUUUUGCAAUAAUUUGAGGUCUGGAGAUUGGAUGAUUGAUUAUGUCAGUAAUCGACUGAUUUCACGCUCAGGAUCCCUUGCUGAAGUUGGCAAAUGGUUCCAAGCUAUGUUCUUCUAUCUAAAGCAGAUUCCCCGUUAUCUUAUCCCUUGUUACUUUGAUGCUAUAUUAAUUGGUGCGUACACCACUCUUCUGGAUAUAGCAUGGAAGCAGAUGUCAAGCUUUGUCCAGAAUGGUUCAACAUUUGUAAAACACCUGUCAUUGGGUUCAGUUCAAAUGUGUGGGAUAGGAAAGUUCCCAUCUCUGCCUUUUCUUUCUCCAGCACUUGGUGAUGUUCCCUAUAGACUGAAUGAAAUUACACAGGAAAAGGAACAGUGCUGUGUUUCUCUAGCUGCUGGGUUACCUCAUUUUUCAUCUGGAAUUUUUCGCUGUUGGGGAAGAGAUACCUUCAUAUCACUUAGAGGUUUACUGCUAAUUACUGGUCGCUUUUUAGAGGCAAGGAACAUAAUUCUAGCCUUUGCUAGUACCCUGAGACAUGGUCUUAUUCCCAAUCUUCUUGGCCAGGGGACGUAUGCCAGAUUCAAUUGUCGAGAUGCAGUGUGGUGGUGGCUUCAGUGUAUUCAGGAUUAUUGUAAAAUUGUUCCAAAGGGCACGGACAUUCUCAAGUGUCCCGUAUCCAGAAUGUAUCCAUCAGAUGACUCCUCUGCUCUACCAGCCGGCACAUUGGAUCAACCGUUGUAUGAAGUAAUACAGGAAGCUAUGCAGCGUCAUGUGCAAGGCAUCCAGUUUCGAGAAAAGAAUGCUGGUCCACAGAUUGACCGAAAUAUGAAGGAUGAAGGUUUUAAUGUCACUGCAGGAGUUGAUGAUGAAAGUGGGUUUGUUUUUGGAGGCAAUCGCUUCAACUGUGGGACAUGGAUGGAUAAAAUGGGAGAGAGUGACAGAGGUCGCAACAGAGGAAUCCCUGCUACACCAAGAGAUGGGUCUGCUGUGGAAAUUGUUGGCCUGAGUAAAUCAACUGUUCGCUGGUUGGUAGAGUUAUCGAAAAAAAAUGUGUUCCCUUAUCACGGAGUCACAGUAAAAAGAAAUGGAAAAGAUGUAUUGAUCACAUACGAUGAAUGGAACAGGAAAAUCCAAGACCACUUUGAAAAGCUAUUCUAUGUUUCAGAGGAUCCAUCAGAUCCUAAUGAAAAGCAUCCUAAUUUGGUUCAUAAGCGUGGCAUAUACAAAGAUAGCUACGGAGCUUCAAGUCCUUGGUGUGACUACCAGCUCAGGCCAAAUUUUACCAUAGCAAUGGUUAUGGCUCCUGAACUCUUUACCCCUCAGAAGGCAUGGAAAGCUUUGGAAAUAGCAGAGAAGAAAUUGCUUGGUCCCCUGGGCAUGAAAACUCUGGAUCCAGAUGAUAUGGUGUACUGUGGAGUAUAUGACAAUGCCUUAGACAAUGACAACUACAACCUUGCUAAAGGUUUUAAUUACCACCAAGGACCUGAAUGGUUGUGGCCUGUUGGAUAUUUUCUUCGUGCAAAGUUGUAUUUUUCCAAGUUAAUGGGUCAGGAAAGUUACACAAAGACUAUGUUUUUGAUUAAAAAUGUUCUUUCCCGUCAUUACGUCCAUCUUGAGAGAUCCCCAUGGAAAGGGCUUCCAGAACUGACGAAUGAAAAUGGACAAUACUGUCCUUUCAGCUGUGAAACACAGGCGUGGUCAAUUGCCGUUAUUCUUGAAACUCUUUAUGAUUUAUGAUAGUUGAUUUUCAUCUGCUGUAUAGCGUUUGUGCUCAGUUAUGUUAUGAAGCUAUAAAUUAACAGGGUGAUCAUACUGUAAUGGAUGCUACUGUUUUGCAGUUUCAGAUCUACAGAGUUUUAAAAAGCGACACAAUACUAGCAAUUCUUUUAGACAACUUAUCCAAGUUAGCUUUGCCGAUGAACGGAAAUAGCCAUUUGCAUUAGAAGAAAUAAACUUCUGUAUCAAUGCAGUAAAUCGUUGUAAAUUUAGCAAGUGCUCUUCAGUCCAAUCAAUCGUUGAUAUUUAGUGGGCACCUGUUGUGUGCAGAGCACCGAACUAAGCCAAUAGGACAGUGCAGCAGAAACAGAAGACAUGGUAUCUGCCCUCGGGAUUUACAACCUCCAAGGGGGAGACAGAAAUUCCAGGUUUGAAGAGAGAAAAACCACGGGAUCUAUAUUCCCAUUGGUGCUCUUGGAGAAUUCUGCUUAAACUAAAGGGUACCUUGGACUGUAAGCUCUUUGUGGGCAGGGAAUAUUCUGUUAUAUUAUGUUGAACUCUCCCAAGCGCUUAGUACAGUGCUCUGCAAACAGUAAGCGCUCAAUAAACACGAUUGAUUAUGAAAAGAUCCUAAAAGGUAAGCGACCUGAAAUUUUUAUCAUCUUUUCAUAGUAGACAUUUUCUUCAAUAGCAGUGUGUUCCAUAGGCUUUGAGCUAAUGAUCAGUCGGUUGGUCUGCAGUAGAUCAGCUUUCACGGUACAACCAGUGUUUUUAACUUUCCUUUUACUUUUCCACUUGAAAUGUUUGUGUAUUUUGCACUUUUUGCAGGUAAUGUAGUACUUCAGUACUUCACUGUAUUAAUUUUAAUAUUUAUACUAUUCUCAUGUUUUGCAAAGAAUUUCCCAGAAAAUUGAAAAUACUCAGUUCUGCUUCUAAUGAGCUUGCCAUCCUCUAAAGAGGUUUAUAAUGGUUUGGGAUUUCUUGCUUCAGCAAUAAUGAAGUUAGAGUCUUUGUCACUUGUGUAAUGUACUCAUGAAGAAUCAAUAUUUGUAAUCAAGGGAGGUAGAAAGGGAAGGCUCAGAAGCUUGUAAAACAUUUAAUUAUAUUCUAGUUGUCUUAGAUAACAUGUUGGGCACCAAAAGUGUUUGAUAUUGAAAAGUCUGAAUAUAAUAUUUUUCAUUAUAGGUAAAUUCAUUCACUAAUGAUAGAGGAAUCCUUGAACUAUACCAAAUCUGAAGUCAGCAAAAUAUCUAUAUAUCACAGCUGCUUGGGUUAUACCUUUUAAAGUUGGUUCAUUUUAGUAUUCAACUUUAAUUUUACUGGUCUGUGAUGUGAGAAUUCUCAGUUUAUGAAGAUAGGA